AUAACCUUCGUGCGGUGGCAGGCUCGGGAGUUGUCCGGAGGCCUCGGUUUGCUGCUGCUCUCCCUGCCCGGAUUCUUGAGGUUUAACAUCAGUUUGGGACCCAACAAUGAUGAAGGGGGGCGACCCGCAGGAGGUGGAGAUCAGUUUGAAUGACAGCGACCAUGAAGAGAACGGAGAGGAACCCCAGACUUUGUGGAAAGCGCAGCCGGGCCCGGAUGAGGAGGAGGAGGAAGACAACAUCCACACCUCUGCUUUGGUGGAAAUCAGCGACACUCAGCCCCUGAUCAACUCCCGGGACCCCCGCGGGAUCAACGACGUCCUCCAGGUGACGUUUGAGGACGUGAUCGCGGAGCCGGUGUCCGUGCGGAGUGGAGACCGAGUUUGGAUCUGGAGUCACGCGCUGUUUGAGGUCGGCAGGGUUUGGAUCUACAGGAUCGUCACCGUGCUUCUGGCCAUUCCCAUGUCCAUCAUCACUGGACUCCUCUUUGCUAUCGUCAGCUGUUUUCACAUUUGGAUGGUUGGACCCGGCACCCGAUACAUCCUGAUCUGCUUAUGCUGGGUGCAGUUCCUGUGGGCCACAUUCCUGGACGUGAUCCUGUACCCCUUCUUCUCCAGCGCAGGGAGGUGCUGUCGAGGAUUCAGCAUCCAUUUUGCCAAGGAAUGACUCUCAACACAGUGGGAUUAUAUUUUGAUAAACAAUGAGCAAGUGGGUGAUGCUGAACUUUAUUAGAUUAAACACGGUUGACGUUUACACAGCUAAACAGAGAAUCACACUAUUAUUCCAAACCCUGUGAAAAUAUUUGCCGACAGAUCACUCCACUUAAAAGAGUUAAUAACUUUCAUGGGGGGGCGAGUUUGGGGAAAAUAAGAAUAAUACGAGCGGUGACUACGCUGCAGUUUCUCAGCGAAAAAACGUAAUGUGAUGACAAAGUAUGUUUUCCUGUCUCACCCCUAUUUAAUUUAAAAUAAUUUCACCAGGAUUUGUUUAGUAAAUUGACCGACCGCACUUUGCCUUUAUAUUUUAUCAUUAUAUCACACUUCACACAUCAAUGAAGGUCAGUUAUAAAGCCGUCUUCCUCAGUAAUACAGUUUUAAUUUUAGAUCAAAUAAGAUAUCAGUUUUAUAUUCCAAAAUAUAUCUCAAUUGAUCUGGUGAAAAAAAAUGUGUCUCAAUAAUGCCACUGUUUUUAGAUAUUUUUGUUCAUUUAAUAAUGACAUUUUUCAUCACAAUAUGAGUGAUAUAUGUGUGACGUCUGAUACCAACUUUUUUU